AUGUCUGGCUUUGACAAGAGGUCGUCUGCCACGGCCGAGGACCUGUUUGCUUCCAUCACGCUUGAUGACAGACCUUCUGGCUCAAAGCCACCCCCGCCGCCGGUCGCCCGCCGACCUGUCCCUCCCCCAGUAGCCAAGUCCAGAGGACCUCCUCCCGCUCAUCGCCCCUCUCGCUCUCAAGAGGAAGAUGUUCGCUCCAGGAAGCCUCGUGGAAACGGAGGUAGCGGCACACUCAUCGACAUCGACUCUCCCCCGCAGCAGCGAAGAACAGAGAGGCGUCCGCGCAGGAACUCGGAUACGUCUGUCCUCGACUUGACCGAGGAUGAGAAGGAGCAGAGGGCUCGUGAUGCCAGGCGGCGUGAGCGUGAGCGUGAGCGUCGCCACCGUGAAAACAAGGAGAAGAAACCCACCAACCGCAAGCUCGACAUCAUCGACCAGCUUGAUGCCACAAGUAUUUACGGAACCGGAAUGUUCCAUCACGAUGGCCCAUUUGAUGCUCUUAACCCCCACCGAAACAAGAACGGAAGUCGACGUGCUCCUAUGGAAGCCUUCCCUGAAGGCUCGUUGAACAACAGUCUGGGUGGUGCUGGACCUUUGAACCCCCGACCCGAUCACGCCACAUUCAUGGGUCAACACGACGAGGAGGCCUAUAGAGAUUGGACUACCAGGGACAAUGGCCUUCCGUCCAAGAAUGAGCUGCCCGUCUUUGACCCCACUUCCCGCGGUAGCGCCAUGCACGGCGACGAGUCCCUGGGACUUGGCACUUCGACUUUCUUGGAGGGCACACCGGCUGCGCGUACCGCGAUCCAGCAACGCCAGGACGAGCUCGCUCAGGAGUUGACUACCAACGGUCUGGCACGCAAGAAGUCCCUUGCCCACCGGAUACGCAACAUCAACAAGAGCACCUCCCGCGAGCGAGAGUUCCAGUCCCUAGGCAGACUCAACAGCGCAGAUUACGGGUACACAAGAUCCCCCCCAGGCGACGGUGGUAGAACUUCUAACAGCAUGAAUACCCCCAACUCUGAACGCAACCCCUUCUUUUCAGAAUACAGCCAGGGCAAGGGAGGAGAGGAGGGCUUUAGUGUGCGGAAGACCGACAACAACAGCCCUAGAGGCAACAUGGAGCGCCGGGCUACCACGGAUGCGGCCAUGACCCUCGAGGAAGGACAGCAAAAGCCAACUGGCAUUUUGGGCCGCAUGAAGAGCUUGAAGGGCGGACGGAGGACCCGCCCGGCCCCUCCCGGCCCUGACGCUGGUCCUGUGCCCUCGCAAUAUGCGUAG